AUGGCGGCGGCCGCCGCGGCCUCGCCUCAGACGCAGCCCGGGCCCGCGGGGGAAGGCGCGGGAGAGGCGGGCCCGGAGGGGGCCGGCGGCGGCCCAGGCCCGGAGGGGGCCGGCGGGGAGCCGGAGGCGGAGGAGUUCGCGUGCCCGGCGCACUGCAGCGAGCUGGCCUGGCGGCAGAACGAGCAGCGCCGCCGCGACCUCUUCUGCGACAUCACCCUGGCCUUCGGGGGCGGCGCCGGGCCGCUGCGCGAGGUCCGCGCCCACCGCUCCGUGCUGGCCGCCGCCACCGACUACUUCACCCCGCUGCUGUCGGGCGGCUUCGCCGAGUCGCGCUCCGGCCGGGUGGAGCUGCGGAAGUGGAGCUCGGAGGGGGGGCCCGAGCCGGACACGGUGGAGGCGGUGGUCGGCUUCAUGUACACGGGCAGCAUCAGCGUCAGCCCGGGCAACGUGCACGAGGUGCUGGAGAUGGCCGACAGGUUUUUAUUGAUGCGGUUAAAGGAAUUCUGUGGAGAGUUUCUGAAGAAAAAACUGAAUCUCUCCAACUGUGUGGCUAUUCAUAGCUUAGCUCAUAUGUAUUCCUUGAACCAGCUUGCCCUGAAAGCCGCAGACAUGAUAAGAAGGAACUUCUGCAAAGUUAUCCAAGAUGAAGAGUUCUACACAUUACCCUUUCACCUCAUCAGAGACUGGCUUUCAGACUUGGAAAUCACAGUGGACUCUGAAGAAGUUCUUUUUGAGACUGUGUUAAAGUGGGUUCAGAGAAACGCUGACGAAAGAGAGAGGUACUUUGAAGAACUCUUUAAACUGCUCAGACUGUCUCAGAUGAAACCCACUUACCUUACCCGGCAUGUCAAAUCUGAAAGGCUAGUAUCCAGUAAUGAAGCCUGUCUUAAAUUAGUGUCUGAAGCUGUGGAAAAUCAUGCCCUGAGGGCUGAGAACUUGCAGUCUGGUAAUUUACAACAUUCUGCUUAUCCUGUAGCAUUGCUGCCUCGCUAUGGGCAGAACAUGGAUGUCAUCAUGGUGAUCGGUGGUGUGUCAGAGGGAGGGGAUUAUUUAAGUGAGUGUGUGGGGUAUUUCAUUGAUGAAGAUAGGUGGGUAAACUUACCUCACAUACAUAAUCACCUUGAUGGACAUGCUGUUGCUGUUACAGAAUCAUAUGUUUAUGUGGCUGGCUCCAUGGAACCUGGCUUUGCCAAGACUGUAGAAAAGUACAACCCCAACAGAAAUGUCUGGGAGCAAGUCUCUCAUCUAAUAACCAGAAAGCAUUCUUUUGGCCUCACUGAAGUCAAGGGGAACUUGUACAGUAUUGGUGGACAUGGUAACUUCAGUCCUGGCUUUAAAGAUGUAACCAUUUACAAUCCCGAGCAAGACAAAUGGCACAACCUGGAGUCAGCCCCAAAGAUCCUUCGUGAUGUCAAAUCAGUCACCAUAGAAGAUAGAUUUGUUUACAUUGCUGCUCGAACCCCAGUUGAUGAUAGUGAAGAUGGUUUAAGGGCAGUCAUUACCAGAUAUGACACGGAGACAAGGCACUGGCAAGACAUCGAAUCUCUGCCACUCAUUGAUAACUAUUGCUCUUUUCAGAUGUCUGUUGCCAACACAAACUUUUACCAGACAGCAUCAUGCUGCCCCAAGAGUUACCCCAUAGAUAAUGAAGAGGCUAAGAGAAAGAUCUCUGGCAGAAUACCAGAAGAGAUUCUUGAAAGUUUACCUCCAGAAGUUCUUAGCAUUGAAGGGGCGGCCAUUUGCUAUUUUAAAGAUGAUGUUUUCAUCAUUGGUGGGUGGAAGAACAGUGAUGAUAUAGAUAAGCAAUACAGAAAAGAGGCCUACCGUUAUUGUGCUGAGAGAAAGCGAUGGAUGCUUCUCCCUCCCAUGCCGCAGCCUCGCUGUAGAGCAACAGCCUGCCAUGUAAGAAUCCCAUUCAGAUGCUUACAUGGUACACAAAGAUACCCUAUGCCGCAAAAUUUGAUGUGGCAAAAGGAUAGAAUACGGCAGCUGCAGGAAAUACAUCGGCAUUCCUUAAGCUUGCGAAGAAUGCCCCGCUCACAGAUUGAGUGCUAAUUCCUGGAAGACCAUUCCUCUAAUAAACCUGGUUUAAGAAAUACGGUGCUAUCUAUUUUGUAAGGCUCAAUACAUUGCCAUCGUAUAUUAGGAUUUGGAUAACUGAACUGGUUGCUGGUUUGAUGCAUAAAAGUAACAUCUUUACUUAAAUACUGAGGAUGGGAAAUAGUUAACAAACACCUAAAAUCCCUCUCUCUUGUAUAUCAUUGAGAAGAGCAUACAGUAGCCCAGGAAAACUAAAUUCCUAUUAAGGAGAUGUGAUGAAAUGCCUGACACUUUAAGAAAAUUUGAUGCAGAAUCUGUUAAUUCUCUUGUCCAACCCUCAUUUUCAAGGAUUUAUAUGGAGUUAGUCUGUCAACAAUUCCUUCAAUUUAAAAAACAAACUCCAGCUGUAUUCUUAAAGCACCAAUUUUAUUUGCACUUACAUAUUGAUAUUCCUUUAGCUUCUCUUCUCCUGAGUAGCUGAAAUUCACAUACCAUUGGCAUCCGUGCACUUAGUUCUCCAAAACUGAAGGCACAUGCAAUAGUUAGGAAUACCUGUUAUAUAAAAAUAAAAGCACAAUCUUUUUUCAUAAAAUUACUUCAGGAUGUUUCUCUGUGUGUUAAAUACUUUGUUUCUGUAUAUUGUAGAAAUGCCAGAGUUUACUUGUAACAAGUGAUUGGUA